CUGUGACCGGAUUAUUUCAUGUGUGUGGUCUUGCCUCCAUGACAACUGGAUAUAGACACACUGUUACACGUGUUGGCGACGAUGUUAACAUAACCAUGAACCCAGCGAAUGUCAGCUUCCUAUAUAACGUAUGGGUGAAUGGUUCGGUAGCUGUGAGACUGUUACUGGUCCAGCCUAAGUCACACCGUGUAUGGGUACUCAACAGCAGUCACACCGGCUACACGACCAGGAUCAGAUACACCGGGGAGGACUCACCAUCACAGACAGGACAGCUGAGGUUUACCAUCUACAAUGUUACUGUACAGGACGCUGGUACUUACUACUGUCAAGGAACCAAUGGACAGACAGUUACUGGAUGUAGACAGGUCCUCGUUGUAGCACAGAAGCCAACCAGACCUACCAUCACCGGACCUGCCUCACCUGUAUCAGGUGAGAAUGUCACCCUGACAUGCUCCUCCUCCUCCCGGAGUCUGCCCCCGGACCAUCCCCCACUGACCAUGACCUACAUCUGGAGGAGGAACAGGACCCUGGUAGAAUCUGGUGAUGAGUCUCCUACAGGUGGAGAUGACCUGACAAUAACCCACGUCAGCAGAGAGAACCAGGGAGACAUCUACAGCUGCCAGGCCGUGGAGGAGGGGCUGAAGUCUAACUGGAGUCACGGACAUGUACUGGAUGUUCUCUAUGGACCUGGUCAGAUACAGUUUGACGGCACAAGUGACAAGUUGGAGGUAGAAGAAGGGAAACCUGCAACAGUGAGAUGUUCUGCUGACUGUAACCCUGCCUGUACUGUAACCUGGUUGAACAUCUCCAGACAGACGGUGAUUACAGGACAGGGAAAGGUUGUGUUGUCUUUACCAGCUGUAGAUGUACCUGUGUCUGGACUGUACACGUGUCACGUCAACAACAGUCAUGGGAGUGCAUCACGGAACCUGACGCUGGCGGUCUUCUCACGUGGAGUUACUGAAUCUAGUGCCGUUUCCAUCGUCCCCGUGGCUGCUGUCUUUUCCGUCCUGAUCGUGGUCAUCGCCGUUGUCGUCAUCGUUGUUGUUUGUAGAAAACAGAGACGUGGAGGAAGGGGAGACAUUCAUAGUCGCGUUGUCACAUACAUCCUUGACGCAGAAACAGAAGGGGGCUACCAGGAGAUAGAAGAGAGACGAUACGUUGAUCAGCGGUGA